CAAUGAUUGAUGCACCCUGCUAGCUGUGUCACAGGGAAACAAAGUCUCUUCCAAGUUGCCAAAAUAACACCCAAAAAUGCUUCAUGGAGCCCUCAAGUGAAAGCAGCCAAUGAGAAAACCUGGUACCUGACUCAUGCAUUGUACUACAGCCUAAAGCGUAAACAUGUGAGAGUGAGGUACAAAGGUCAACAGAGAAGACCUGUUCUCAGGCAAGGCGACCCCGAGAUGCAGCAAGCAGGAGGCAGAUGAAUUGGAAGGAGAAUGACCGGAAGGGACACGCCCCGUGUUGACGCAGGCAGGCCAGAUCUGUGGUCUAACGCGUUCAGUCACGGUUGCUUGUGGAGAAAUAUGAAAACCUUCCAUUUCAUUGCUUCUUCCUGUUGUUUUUGUCUGUUUGUGCUUGGAAAAAAAUAUACUUUGAUUCCCUUUUCCCUGCUGCCAAAGCGCGCGCUUUCACUCCACCAUGAAGUCUAACACCUCGGCGGUACCCACAAUGCACUGCGGCAGAGGUAAACACCCACUGUGUUGACUAGUGACAAAGCCGAGGCGGACGCGGCCAGCCUGCGGACAGAAGACGAGUCUUCCGCCUCACUUCGUCCAUGCGACCAAGAUGCCCACCAACUUCACCGUGGUGCCGGUGCAAGACGCCGAGGGCGGCGCGGCGGCGGCGACGGGAAGCGGCAAACCCGCCAGCCUCGACCAGGUGUUCGUGGACGGGGACAAAGACGACAACUCGGACGGAUCCCAGUCAGGAGACGACAUCCAGAAGGAGUCUCGUCCAUUCAUCCUGGACAGCGACGUGGAAGUGUACAAUGGCAAGAACAUGGCCCUGUUCGAGGAAGAAAUGGACAGCACACCGAUGGUAUCGUCGCUUCUCAACAAGCUGGCCAACUACACCAACCUGACCCAAGGUGUCCGAGAACACGAGGAGGCCGAAGAUGGCUUCAGAAGGAUCGCUGUCACGGUGCCCCCCAUGGGAACCUUUAUCGGAGUCUACCUGCCCUGCAUGCAGAACAUCCUGGGCGUCAUCCUCUUCCUGCGUCUCACCUGGAUCGUGGGCACGGCGGGCAUCCUGGGCUCCUUUGCCAUCGUGUCCAUGUGCUGCAUCUGCACCCUCCUCACAGCCAUAUCCAUGAGUGCCAUAGCAACCAAUGGAGUGGUCCCAGCUGGCGGCUCCUACUACAUGAUCUCCAGAUCAUUGGGACCAGAGUUUGGCGGCGCUGUGGGUCUGUGUUUCUAUCUGGGGACCACCUUCGCUGGAUCCUUGUACAUACUGGGCACUAUCGAGAUCCUACUGACGUACAUCGUUCCAACAGCAAAACUGUUUGAGGCGGAAAGUAUAGAAGGGGAAGGCACCGCAGCGCAGAACACCGUGCGCGUCUACGGAACCUGUUGCCUGCUUCUGAUGGCACUCAUUGUGUUUGUGGGAGUAAAAUACGUGAACAAACUGGCCCUGGUGUUCCUGGCCUGUGUCAUGCUGUCCAUCAUGGCCACCUACGCAGGAGUCAUCAAGACCCUCAUUCAACCUCCAGAGUUUAAUGUUUGCCUUCUGGGGAAUCGAUCUCUGACCAAUGACAAAUUUGAAGUAUGUGCCAAGACUGAGCUGGAGAACAACCAGACUGUGACCACCCAACUCUGGAGACUUUUCUGCAGCAGCGAACAUCUCAACGCCACCUGCGACGACUACUUCACGCUCAACAACGUGAGCGAGAUAAGGGCCGUGCCCGGGCUCCUCAGUGGCGUCAUCAAAGAUAACCUGUGGGGCGACUAUGGUCCAGCUAAUAUGGUGAUAGAAAAGAAAAGCCAGGGCUCAGUAGCAGCAGAAGACACAUCCGGUGAUCUCUACAAGCCCUACGUCUUCAACGACAUGGCCACCUACUUUACGCUGCUGGUGGGAAUAUAUUUCCCCUCGGUCACAGGUAUCAUGGCUGGCUCCAACAGGUCUGGCAAUCUAAGAGAUGCCCAGAGGUCCAUACCAUUUGGAACCAUAAUGGCCAUUCUCACCACUUCUUUCUUCUACAUCUCCUGUGUGCUCUUGUUUGGAGCUUGUAUAGAAGGAGUGGUGCUGAGGGACAAGUUUGGGGACUCUGUGAAGAAAAACCUGGUGAUCGGUAUCCUGGCCUGGCCCUCACCUUGGGUUAUUGUGAUCGGAUCAUUUUUCUCCUGUUGUGGGGCGGGGCUUCAGAGUCUGACCGGUGCCCCUCGGCUGCUGCAGGCCAUCGCACGUGAUGGCAUCAUUCCCUUCUUGCAGAUCUUCGGUCACGGCAAGGCCAACGGUGAGCCCACCUGGGCUCUGCUGCUGACAGUCGCCAUCUGUGAGAUAGGAAUCCUCAUAGCUUCUCUGGACGAUGUGGCUCCUAUCCUCUCCAUGUUUUUCCUCAUGUGCUAUCUCUUUGUCAACCUGGCCUGUGCUGUCCAGACUCUGCUGCGAACCCCCAACUGGAGACCUCGCUUCAAGUUCUAUCACUGGAGUCUGUCCUUCUUGGGCAUGAGUCUGUGUCUCUCCCUCAUGUUCAUCUCCUCCUGGUACUACGCCCUGGUUGCCAUGGUGAUAGCUGGCUGCAUCUACAAGUACAUUGAGUACCGAGGGGCAGAGACGGAGUGGGGAGAUGGUUUACGAGGUCUGUCUUUAAACGCCGCACGCUACGCUCUCAUUCGCUUGGAGGAAUCCCCCCCGCACACCAAAAACUGGAGGCCUCAGCUGUUGGUGCUCUGCAAGCUGGACUCCCACCUGGCAGUCAAACAUCCUCGCCUGCUGUCCUUCACCACACAGCUGAAGGCCGGCAAAGGUCUGACCAUAGUCUGUUCAGUCCUGCAUGGCACCUACAUGACCCGGGGAGCCCACGCCAAGAUCGCAGAGCAGAACCUGAAGGCAGUCAUGGCUGCAGAGCGGACCAAAGGUUUUUCCCACGUGGUCGUGUCCUCCAACCUGCGAGAUGGUUUCUCUCUGCUCAUCCAGUCAGCAGGUCUGGGCGGGAUGAAACACAACGCCGUUCUGAUGGCUUGGCCGGCGUGCUGGAAGCAAGCCCGGGACUCCUCCUCCAGGAGGAACUUUAUAGAGACGGUGAGGGAGACAACUGAGGCACAUCAGGCUCUGCUGGUUGCUAAGAACAUAGACCACUUCCCAGGAAACCAAGACCGCCUGGAGGGAGGAAGGAUCGAUGUGUGGUGGAUCGUCCAUGACGGUGGACUGCUCAUGUUGCUGCCAUUUUUAAUCACUCAACACAAGGUGUGGAAGAAGUGUCAGAUGCGCAUCUUCACCGUGGCUCAGAUGGACGAUAACUCCAUCCAGAUGAAGAAAGAUCUCCAGAUGUUCCUCUACCAUCUACGUCUGGACGCGGAGGUGGAGGUGGUGGAGAUGCACGACAGCGACAUCUCAGCCUUCACCUACGAGAAGACCCUGGUGAUGGAGCAGAGGUCUCAGAUGCUGAAGCAGAUGCAGCUGUCCCGCACGGAGAGGGAGAGAGAAGCGCAGCUCAUCCAUGACAGGAACACGGCCUCGCAUUCCACUAAGGAAGACAAAGCUUCGGUGGGCACGCCUGACCGAGUCCACAUGACCUGGACCAAGGACAAGCUGAUCAAUGAGAGGAACAAGCACAGGGAAGGAAUGGGAGUGAAGGACAUGUUUAAUAUGAAACCCAACCAGUCCAACGUGCGCAGGAUGCACACAGCAGUCAAACUAAACGAGGUGGUGCUGAAGAACUCUCGUGAUUCUCAGCUGGUCCUGCUCAACAUGCCUGGACCCCCCAAGAGCAAGAAAGGGGAUGAGAAUUACAUGGAGUUUCUAGAAGUUCUAAUGGAAGGACUGGAUCGUGUCUUACUGGUUCGCGGAGGAGGUCGGGAGGUGAUCACCAUCUACUCUUAGCGCCAAGAUGUUCCUCUGGGCCGGAGAAAUGGCAACAAUGGAGGAUGAAGAAGAAGAUAGAGGAGGAGGAGCUUAUUGGCAACGACCUGGACUACAAUGGCGGACGCCUGCUUAUUUUCAAGUACCAAUAGGUGAGAAAAGUUGGUUUUGCAUAAUAUUGUGAAACAAAACUAAGAAAAAGAAAGAUCUUAUUGGCUAAAUCAAUGAACUACAAUGGCGGACCCGCCCAAAGCACUUGGGGUAAACAUUGACCAUAUAUGGAUAAUUGGCUGACUGAGGAAUCCACUUUGAAUAAUGACAAAUAAGGAAGCAACCCCACAGAAAAGUUAAAAUCAGCUUUGAGUAAUGACAAAUAAGUAAGCAACCCCACACAAGUUAAAAUCGGCUUUGAAUAAUGACAAAUAAUGAAGCAACCCCACACAAAAGUUAAAAUCAGCUUUGAGUAAUGACAAAUAAGGAAGCAACCCCACAGAAAAGUUAAAAUCAGCUUUGAGUAAUGACAAAUAAGGAAGCAACCCCACACAAGUUAAAAUCCGCUUUGAAUAAUGACAAAUAAGGAAGCAACCCCACACAAGAGUUAGAAUCAGCUUUGAGUAAUGACAAAUAAGGAAACAACCCCACACAAAACUUAAAAUCAGCUUUGAGUAAUGACAAAUAAGGAAGCAAACCCCCACAAACGUUAAAAUCCGCUUUGAAUAAUGACAAAUAAGGAAGCAACACCACACAAAAGUUAAAAUCCGCUGUGAGUAAUGACAAAUAAGGAAGCAACCCCACACAACCGUUAAAAUCUGCUUUGAAUAAUGACAAAUAAGGAAGCAACACCACACAAAAGUUAAAAUCCGCUCUGAAUAAUGAAAAAUAAGGAACCAACCCCACACAAACGUUAAAACCGGCUUGGAAUGACAAAUAAGGGUGCAACCCCACACAAAAGUUAAAAUCAGCUUUGAGUAAUGACAGAUAAGGAAGCAACCCCCCACAAAUGUUAAAAUCCGCUUUGAAUAAUGACAAAUAAGGAAGCAACCCCACACAAAAGUUCAAAUCAGCUUUGAGUAAUGACAUAAGGAAGCAACCCACACAAACGUUAAAAUCUGCUUUGAGUCAUGACAAAUAAGGAAGCAACCCCACACAAACGUUAAAAUUCGCUUUGAAUAACGACAAAUAAGAAAGCAACACCACACAAAAGUUAAAAUCCACUUUGAAUAAUGACAAAUAAGGGACUUCAAUUGAACAGGCAGUCCAAACAUAUCUCUUAUGUGUGACUGCCAUCUACUAGUCACACUCACCAUUGCACCUUGUUCCAAAUAAAAUUGCUAGGAGGUCAGUAAGGAGAACGUACAUUAGGCGCACCGGGUUAUAAGGCGCACUUUCCAUUUUGGAUAUAUAUUUAAUAUAAGUGCAUAUUAAGUGUGUGAAAGUUUGACACCUACCUUGUUUACUUCUUAAAGUUUUGUACUCAAUCAGAAAUAUCAAACUGCUAAACAUGGAUACGUGUGGAGAGUGUUUGACAUUUUCCCAUCAUGCAUUGUAAUGGAUUUAAAUGGUGGCAUUUUUUAUGUUUUUAUGGUGUUUGGACUUUUUUUUUUUAAA